UAUCUGCUGACUCACGCUGUUCAUUCGCUUCGACAUUUUGCUUUGAUAUUUUACCUCAGCAUUAAUAAUUAACGUCAGCGUUAUAUAUUUUUCCUCAGGUUUUGCUGCGUGAUGUUGAUAAUCGCCUCCACACUGAGAUGUUACUGACGGAUUUUUACAGAGACUGUUUGAUGAGAUGAAUUAAAACGCCAAGCUUUUUGUGUCUGAGAUAACACAUUUUCCCAAGUCUUCUCUUGACCCUGAUGUGUUCACUGCACUUGGAUUUACCUCCAAAAACACUUCAAGAUAUGGCCUUUGAAGGAAGUACUAAGAAAACAUUAUCUGGUCAUCGUAAGACAUAUGAAGAAAUGAAGAACCAAAAUUACCAGUGCUCAGAUUGUGAAAAGAGAUUUAGUUACCCAAGUCAUUUAAAAAGACAUCAGCGCAUUCACACAAGAGAGAAGCCGUAUCACUGCUCACAGUGUGGGAAGAGUUUUACUGCAGCUAGGUGUCUCCAAAUACACCAGCGCAUUCACACAGGAGAGAAGCCGUAUUACUGCUCACAGUGUGGGAAGAGUUUUACACAGGCUGGUCACCUGCAAAUACACCAGCGUAUUCACACGGGAGAGAAGCCAUAUCAGUGCUCACAGUGUGGAAAGAAUUUUGCUGCAGCUAGGCGUCUCCAAAUACACCAGCGCAUUCACACAGGAGAGAAGCCGUAUUACUGCUCACAGUGUGGGCACAGUUUUACACAGGCAGGUCACCUGCAAAAACACCAGCGCAUUCACACUGGAGAGAAGCCGUUUCAGUGCUCGGAGUGUGGGAAGAGCUUUACUGCAGCUAGUUCUCUCCAAGCACACCAGCGCAUUCACACGGGAGAGAAGCCGUAUUAUUGCACACAGUGUGGGAGGAGUUUUAGACAUGUAGGUCAAUUUAGAAGACACCAGUGCUUUCACACAGGAGAGAAUCCAUAACACAACCACAAUAUGGGACAUGUUGUAUGCACUGCAGUCACUCCUAAAUAUACUGCCUGUCAACAUUUCAUCAGAAGGGUCAAUUUAUUGGGCUGCAUCAAGCUAAGAAAACAACUGGAGAGAUUUGAAAUUACUGGAAAAGGAUUAAGAAACCAAAAAGAAAUAUAAAUACUUGGAAGAAUAGUGCAGAACCAUCAACUUUUUGGAAGAAAUAUCGGAAAAAAAAUCAUGAAUUGAGACAACAUAAACACUUUAUACAAAAGUUACAUGGCAAAAAAAAUAACAAAAAAAAGGUAUGUUUAAUAGUGGAAGGAAAGAAAGCAUUUCAAUACACAGAAUGUGAUGACAACUCACAGGAUUGGGACUAAACAGCUGUGUGUCCAUAAGAAAACCACUUGAUAGCGAGAUCCAUCAGGAAGACUUGAAUUUGCUGGGGAUCAUAAAGAUUUGACAUUGGAGCAAUGGAAAAAGGUCAUGUGGCCUGAUCAUUCCAGAUUGAUCGUUUCAGAGUGAUUGGUGCAUCAGGGUAAGUGAGGAAUCAUGUAAAUUCAAUUUUAUUUAUAUAGCGCUUUUAACAAUGGUCAUUGUCUCAAAGCAGCGUCACAUAAAUGAAAAGAAAAUCUGUGAAAGUGUGUAUGUGUGAGAAAAAUGUGUCGAGAUGAUGAGAUUGUCCCCUAUAUAAGCCUCUGGAGGCAGUGUUGCACUCUUUUUCUGUUUUGUUUGCCAUUGUUUGGGUUAAUCUUUUGCCUAACUGCCAUCUAGUGGUCUCUUUAAGGAACUGCUGAUUUAUAAAACCUGGAAGUGAGUAGCUGAGCAUAUGGCUGAUGUAUAUGGUUAAGAUUGAAUGCUUUUCUUGGGGUAAUCCUCAUCAGUUCUUGUUUUUGAAGAAAUUAAAGGGCAAUAGCUGUAAGUUUACCUUUGAGUGAUGUAUAAGUUUGGUAUUAAUGGGUGAAGUUAAUAGAAUGUUGUCAUUUAUAAACUUAAUGGUAUCUUAAUCCUUUUAAUUGCAAAUGUUUCAUAGAAAAAGUCUGUAAAAUUAACAGCAGUCUUGUAACCUGAAUUAUUAAUCAUAAUUUGAGUUUAUUUAAACAUGUUUCAGUCAUAUUAUCAAUUAGAGAUUAUACAGUGAAACUUCGGAUUGCGGGUAACAUGGUCUGCGAGUGGUCUGCAAAACGUGCAACGAUAAAAAAAAAAAAAAGUCUUGGUUUCUCCCCUUCUCGGUUUUAGUGCGCAUCUCUCACUGGUAUAACCAACAUCCGUGCACCUGUGUACUGUUUACUAUAACACUGACCACAUGUGUGCACGUACAACAUCUUUUAUUUUGUGUUUGUAUGCAUGUAUGUAAAGCGCGCAUGUAAAGCAAAAAAAAGGCUCAUUAGAGAGGGUAAAGAUCCCGUUCCUUUCUCUCCCUGGGUCAGCAUGCCGGUAUGUGUGCGCGCGCCUGUAAUUUGACACCGUGCCCCUUCACACACACACCUCCUCUCGCCUUUACACACACACUCCCAAGAAGGGAGGGGCUGAUUCCUCCUGUUCUCUUACUUUAGCUUCACACACACAGCGCCUGCGUGCACGAAUGGAAAUACUUAUCUGUCAGUUUUUUUUAAAGGUAAAGUGCAGGUUAGUUUGUUUUGUUUUUAGUUUAUAUUUUGUAUUAAUCAUUUUUAUGUAUUUCUUUUUUUGGGCUGUGAAACAAAUAAUUUGAGUUGUCAUUAUUUCUUAUGGGAAAAUUUAAUUUACGAGUGUUUUGAAAUACGAGCCCGCUUCUGGAACAAAUUGUGCUCAUAAUCCAAGGUUCCACUGUAUUUGUUUUCCUUUAGUUUCACUCUGAUCUUUAUACUCUUUCAUUGUAUAAUUGAUUCAAGAUUUAAUAAAUGCUGGACUUAAAACUUUGAA